GAGGCAGAGCCCCACAACACCCCACUCUCCACCACCCUACAGCAGUAGUGCAGUACUGCUGCCACUCCUGCCGGACCGGGGAGAGAUCGUCUCCGUCUCUCUCUCAAAAAAAGAGAUCAUUUCCGUCUCGAUUCGGCCACCCUACCUAACGCCGGCAGCCGAUUGCGAGCUGCCGCCGCCGUAAGGGAAGACGCGAAGGGGCUUUGCUUUGAUGGGGUUCGACGGGCUGGUGGUGGUGUCCGACCCUUACCUGCAGCGGCGCUUCACGCAGACCGACCUCCGGGCGCUCCAGCAACAGUACGCGGGGCUGCGGGAUGCGGCUCCCACAGGCAGGCUGCGGCUGCGGGACCUCCCCGCCGCUCUGACCAGCCUGGGGAGCGCCACCGCUACGGCCGGCGAGAAAGAGAACAGCUCGUCGGAGACGGAACUCACCGAGGAGGAGUGGGCCUCCGUGCUCAAGGCCGUUGCCCGCGCCGACGAGAAAUCGCUGCUCGACGUCAACUUCGAGCUCUUCCUGCGUGUUUACUCCGAGAUGCAGCUGCGGCUCAAGGGAGGGAAGGCCCGCGAUGGCGGCGGCGGAGGUAUUAGACGAUCAUCCUCCACGUCGGCCGCCUUCCUCACGGCGUCCACCACCACGCUGCUGCACACCAUCAGCGAGUCCGAGAAGGCCUCCUACGUGGCGCAUAUCAAUGCCUACCUCGCGGAGGAUCCGUUCCUCAAGAAAGCGCUCCCUGUUAAUCCAGCCACUGAUCAGCUCUUCCACCUCACCAAGGACGGCGUGCUCCUAUGUAAGCUCGUCAACCUAGCCGUGCCGGGGACGAUCGAUGAGCGCGCCAUCAACACCAAGAGGCUGCUUAACCUAUGGGAGAAGAACGAGAACCACACCCUCUGCCUCAACUCUGCCAAGGCCAUCGGCUGCACUGUCGUCAAUAUCGGCACGCAGGACCUCGCAGAGGGGAGGCCUCAUCUUAUCCUAGGGUUGAUAUCUCAGAUUAUCAAGAUACAACUAUUGGCGGAUGUAAACCUGAAGAGCACACCUCAGUUGGUUGAAUUAGUUGAAGACAGCGAGGAGAUGGAGGAGCUUAUGAGCCUUUCUCCUGAAAAAAUACUACUUAGGUGGAUGAACUUUCAGCUGAAGAAAGGAGGUUUCCAGAGAACAGUAACAAAUUUUUCAUCGGAUACAAAAGACAGUGAGGCUUAUGCUUGCUUGUUAAAUGUCCUGGCUCCUGAAUGCAGUGCUAAACCGUCUCCAAUGUCAGUAAAAGAUCUUAUUCAUAGAGCAAGAUUAGUUCUUGAGCAUGCAGAUAGAAUGGGCUGCAAAAGAUAUCUGGCUCCAAAAGACAUAGUUGACGGUUUACAAAAUCUAAAUCUUGCUUUUGUGGCUCAUAUUUUCCAAAAAAGGAAUGGGUUGUCCAAACAAAUGAAAAAAGUAACGUUUGUGGAUGGAUUAUCUGAUGAUGCUCAAGUUUCAAGGGAAGAAAGGUCAUUUAGGCUAUGGAUUAAUAGCCUUGGAAUUUCCAGUUAUAUCAACAAUGUAUUUGAAGACCUUAGAAAUGGAUGGGUGCUCCUUGAGGUCAUGGAUAAGGUCUCCCCUGGCUCAGUUAAUUGGAAGAUGGCAAACCGCCCCCCAAUAAAACUACCAUUCAGAAAAGUUGAAAACUGUAAUCAAGUUUUGAAGAUCGGAAAGGACAUACAUUUUUCAUUGGUGAAUAUUGCUGGUACUGAUGUUGUGCAAGGAAAUAAGAAAUUGAUCUUAGCUUUUCUCUGGCAAUUGAUGCGGUACAAUAUCCUACAACUGCUGAAGAAUCUUAGAUUCCGUUCGAAUGGAAAGGAGAUGAUGGAUGAUGACAUACUGUUGUGGGCUAACAAACAGGUUAAGGAUUCUGGAAAGCAGUCUCGGAUGGAAAGUUUCAAGGAUAGAAGUCUUUCGAGUGGCAUCUUUUUUGUCAACUUACUCGGUGCUGUGGAGCCUCGAGUAGUGAAUUGGAGCCUUGUAACCAAAGGAGAGAAAGAUGAAGAAAAACAAAUGAAUGCUUCAUACAUCAUCUCUGUGGCUAGAAAGCUUGGUUGUUGUAUCUUCUUGCUGCCAGAAGAUAUACUGGAGGUGAACCAGAAGAUGAUGCUUUCUUUGACAGCAAGCAUCAUGUAUUGGCAUUUGAAAAGGCCAAAAUCAUAUUCAUUGGACCCUGAAAACAGUAGUUCGUGUGAGACAAGCUCCAUCUCAAAUUCAGAUGAUUCAGCAUCUGAAACAUCGAUUGAUGAUAGCGGAACCAGAUAGAUGAAAUGGCAUGAUCUGUAUUUCAGUAAUCAGGAUAUCCUCACCCCACAAAGCAUUGGUUAUAUUCUUGAUUCCUUCAUGUAAUUUGGAGAGUGGAUGCAUUCAAGAAUGGGGCAGAGAAUGGUCAAGAGUUUUGAUUUGUUUCAUUUGAGUCAUAUUAUUAAAUUUUUGAAAAUUGUGAAAAAAUA